AUGUGUUCCCUCCUUACAUACUCGAAGCUUAGCGGAGCUAUUAACCAUGGCUUGGUUUUACACCGCAUUCGCUCAGCAACGAAGUUAAGUAGCAGUGUCUUUCCCGCCACCCAAAGCAGCUUGUUUCGGUCAGCUGCCCAGAAACAGAGCCAGGCUGGACUUGCUAGAGCUCCAGAGCCAGUGUACUUUCCAGAGCACAUCAUUCAAGGCCUUCCUCAAAAUAUCACACAUCCACCAGUCACCUCAAAAGCCUCAGCUCAGACUGUUGACGAUACUCUAAAGAAGAGUGGCGCAGUGAAAUUGCAGGAGAUCACAAAGCCCGUGAUUGAAACCACUUCGUCCGAGUCUGCCAUUGACACUGCCAAUGUUCCUGCUUACCACCGUGACUCCAAGUAUGACCGGGUUCCAUACUGGCAAAAGAUUGGACGCUGGAAGGAUAUUACCGAGAAGCAAUUUCUGUCUUACAGAUGGGGUACUGCGAAUGACAUUCAAGGCAAGAUGAAGCUCCAUGAUUUCCUCAGGGAAGCCUUACCAGAGAACAUUCCCCAAACUGAAGAGCAUCAACACAUCCGUACCCGUGAUGAUUUCAUCAAGGAUGUCAUGGAUGGUAUCGACAGAGCCCCGAUGUCAAUUCGUAUACCUCCACAUAUCGUCAGCUCCAUCGACUGGACAAAGCCUAUCGAAGACCCUCUUCGUCGCCAGUUCAUUCCUAUGAUGUCCGGUUUCCAGCCUGACCACCCGAAGUUAACUCUGGACUCGUUGCAUGAGGCUGAGGAUUCGCCUGUUGAGGGCUUGGUCCAUCGAUACCACGACAAAUGUCUCUUCCUUGCAUCAUCCCACUGCCCACUCUACUGCCGCUUCUGCACACGUUCCUACGCUGUCGGAGCUAACACCUCAACCGUCACUAAGUCCUCCCUCAAGCCUCAACUCCGCCGUUGGGAAGCCAUGCUCCAAUACAUCGCCUCCAACCCCGUCAUCAAUGAUGUCGUCAUCUCCGGAGGAGACUCCUACUCUCUCAUGCCGCACCACUUACGCCUCAUCGGCGACCGUCUCCUCGCCAUCCCUCACGUCCGCCGUUUCCGCAUCGCUACAAAGGGUCUCUGUGUCUCCCCAAGUAGAACCCUAGAUCCAGAGGAUGAUUGGACCGACGAGUUGAUCGCUUUGGUGAAGCGAGGCAGAGAGUGCGGAAAGCAGAUUGCCCUGCACACACACUUCAACCAUACAAACGAAUUCUCCUGGGUCUCGAGAGAAGCUUCUCAGAAGCUGUUCGCAAAUGGGGUUACUGUGCGAAACCAGUCGGUUUUGUUGAAGGGUGUGAAUGAUAGUGCUGAGACGAUGGGCUCGUUAAUUAGAGAGUUGGCAGAUAACAAUAUUCAACCAUACUACAUCUACGCAGGCGACCUCGUCCGCGGCGUCGAAGACCUGCGCACACCACUCUCCUCCAUCCUAACGCUCGAACAACAACUCCGCGGCACAAUCGCCGGCUUCAUGACGCCCCAAUUCGUUGUCGAUCUCCCUGGCGGCGGCGGCAAGCGUCUCGCUGCCUCGUACAAAUCCUAUGAUCGCGUCACAGGCAAGUCGACCUUCGUUGCCCCUGCGGUUAAAGGCGGCGAGACGGUCUACGAGUAUUGGGACCCGCUGGCUAGCCUUCCUGGCAACGGCGGUGACAUGAGGGAUGAGCCGUAA